AAAUGGUGUGCCAAAUGGAGCGCUUUGCGAUUUCUCCGCACUAUAUAGGGAUUGUUUCAGUUCUCUUCAUUCUGUAUUCUGGUGUUACAGCAUUUGACUUCAACUAUUGCACUGACAAGGGAAAUGGCAUAAUUGAGGAUUUUGAAAAUCUGGGAAAGUGUUACCACUGUGAAGAUGGAUUUACAUAUUAUUCUGCGUGUCAUUCAGAUUACAUCUUCAGUCCCAUGAAUUCUCAGUGCAGGAUGUCUUUAUCUGCCCCUCUACCAGAUUUUUGCAAUGAAAAGGCAAACGGUCUUUUCCAAGAUAAAGAUAACAUUGCUGGUUUUUAUAGGUGUUCCAAAGGAGUUACUAUUUACAGGAUUUGUCCAAGCCCCCUUAUUUUUAAUAACAUAUCAUUGAUGUGUGACUUUCAUUCUGGUAAUUUCAAGUUGAACGAUUAUACAGCAGUGUUAACUCAUGAUCUAGAAUACUGCAUAAAUAUGGAUGAUGGUUUCUAUUCCAAUCCUGAAGAUAACAGAGGCUUCUAUCAGUGCAAUGAAAACAGGACUUCCUAUUUUUAUUGUAGCUCAGGACUUGUUUUUAGCCUGCUGAUCACUAAUUGUGUGCUCCCAUCUACUGUUCCAAACCAGUUUUUCUGCAGUUCAUUGGAUAAUGGACAAUAUCCUGACUUGAAUAACUCAUUGUCUUUCUAUCAGUGUUUAAAUGGCUUUACUUGUUACUUGACCUGUACAGGGCUUUACAGUUCUAGCAAGUAUUCCUCAGUAUGUCAUACAUCAACAUAUACCUCUGUAUCAGUUACAACAGAAGAAAACUCGGGGUAUGAUGCAGAUUUUUGUUACCUUAAAAAAGAAGGAUAUUAUCCUGAUCCUAUGAACUAUACAAAUUUCUACCAGUGUGCAAAUGGCAACACUUAUUAUUUAAUUUGUGAAUUUGGCAGAAAUUUUAAUCCUGUUGUUCGUGACUGUACCCUUCCUUUAGAUCCCCCCAUAUUAUCAUUUUGUAUUUUGAAACCUGAUGGUUUUUACAGGGACCCAGAAAAUGACAGCUGCUUUUAUCAGUGUGACAGCUGGAUACCAAACUAUCAGAGAUGCAGUUACAAAAAAAUAUUUAACAACACUAGCUUAACUUGUGAGGUAACGCAUUAUAUACAAUCCACCACACCAGUCUCUAAAACAAUGGAUAAUCAUGAAGGAACCUAUAAGCCCAAUACAAAAAACUCUAAAGACGUAUCUAGAAGUGCUCCAUCUUUAGUGUUCUAUGACCUGGACUUCUGCAUUCAAAAACCUGAAGGGUAUUACUCUAAUCCCUUGGAUCAAGAAGGAUACUACAAUUGCGUGGAUGGAAUAACUCUGUACUACAAGUGCACAACUGGCUCCACAUAUAAUCCUUUAGUCAUUGGCUGCACCCAAAGUAUUACUACUCCCAACUAUACAUUUUGUAUUUCCAAAUCUAAUGGUAUUUACAUAGAUCCAUACAAUGAGCAAGGUUUUUAUGAAUGUAAUUUCUGGUUCGCUAAAUACCAAAAAUGUAUAUCCCCUAUGAUUUUUAAUCAUUCACUUUUAAUUUGCACUAGUUACUCAACUCUUCAAGCACCCACAACUGUUAAAAGUACAGGAACUGAGAGUCCUUUUUUAACUGCAAAAAGUAGUUCAGUUAAUACAAAUAUUGCCACGUCACUCAAAACUGCAUCUCCCCGUACUAUUAUGCCUGAAGUGCUAUACACAACUGUUUUGUCAGAAAUUGCAGGCACUAGUAUAUCAGUGAAGUUGGUGACAGUGGCUGCAUCAAAUACACAUUCCACAGAAUCAAUGAAGGUAAAUAAUACAAGAGGCAUGAUCAAACCAACCACAGGAGAAUCAACAAAAGUAGAAAGAAGCUCAUCAAAGAUGGUAUCUACAUCUAAAAUGCUGUCAAUCACAAUUAUGGAGCAUCUUACAGGAAAGAAGCGCACUACCACUGUUGAACCAAAUGUAGCCCUUACUUACACUGUCAGUAUUAAAAAAAAUUCUGUGGGAGAAACUGUUUUAUCAAACAAAACAGGUGCAUCUGGGACCACUGUGCCUCAAUGGAAAAGAAUAGAACCAACUGUGCCAGAAUCUCCCAAAGCAGGAGCAAGGGUAACCACUACGUCUUGGACAAUCGGCACAUCAUUCACCUCAGCUGAUAAAUUACUGACAAGUGAUUUAAAGGAAUUAAGCAAAAUGACCACAGUUGAAAUGACAAUGGAAGAGAGAUUACCACCAAAGAUUAAUUCAGCAUUUACAAAUAAGCUGACAGCAACAACCUUGAAAUUAUCUCAGCCAAGUGAAAGCUCAACAACACUUAACUCAAAAGGGGCAACAGCAGUUCCUUUUAUAAAUACUAAGAAUAUUUUUAUUAGAACAACUAAUAUUCUGUUGCAUUCAGAUGGUACAAGUGGCUCUACUGGAACUCUGGUACAAAGCACAAAACCUAUUUUGUCAGAAUCUCAAGGAGUAAGCUCCAUUAUAAAAUAUUGGACAAUGAUGACGUCAUUCAGACCUGUGACUAAACUGAAGCUUACAAAAGAAAUAACUGAUAAAUCCAUGGUGGAUCCAACGAUGUUGAAGAGAAGGAUGACUUCACUAUUUGAGCAUAAAUUGCUGGGAACAACCAUGGAGUCCCUUCAAGGAGAUGGACAUUCAACUGCUAUUCAGCACAGUGAAGGAACUUCAAGGCUUUCUUUAAAUGAUGGAAAUACUUCUACUGGAACAACUAACUCUCCCUCAUACCACACUAGUUCUCAUGGCUCAAUUGUAUUGCAUAUGCAAAACACGGACCCUGCUGUGUCAAUAGCACAAAGAGCAAGGGUAACAAUGACACCAUUUACUUCUGCUGCUAAACUGUUAAUGGUGAAUAUUACAGAGAAUGUGGCCAAAAUAACCCAAGUUGAAACAAGAAAACUAGAGAGAACUUCAUUCAAAAUAACAUCGGCACCUGCAAGUAUCUUAGAUAAAACCACAGAAUUACCUAAGCACAACAGAAGUUCAGCGACUGUUAUAUCAAGUAGAUCAACAGAAAGUAAUUUUAUUAGUACUGAGAAUAUUUUAGUUGAAGCAGCUAAUGCUGUUUCACAUCAGAAUGGUUUUUCAAGCAGCACUGUGACUCAAGCCUUAAGCACAAAACCUACUGUGUUAGAAUCUGUAGGGGCAAGAUUAACUAUGAAAUCGUACACAAAUAGUGCAGAAGGUAAAUUUGUGACUAACUUGAUGGGUGUAAAUGUUACCAAAAAAAUGGUUGAAACAAACCCAUUGGAAACAACAAGAGAGAAAAGCCCACUGAAGAUGACUUCAUCAUCUGCAAACCUAUUGCGUGUAAAAAACAUAGUGUCCAAUCAAAGAAAAGGACAUUCAACCACUAUUCAGGCAAGGAGAGUGACUGCAGCUCCUUUUCCAUACAGUUUGGCUACUUUCAUGGGAACAGCUAAUAAUAUCCUGUUGCGCCAAACUGGUUCUCCAAGCGCAGUUGCUCUUGAACAAAACCUGUGGUAUGAUGCAGAUUUUUGUUUGUCUAAAAAAGAUGGAUAUUAUCCUGAUCCUAUGAACUAUACAAAUUUCUAUCACUGUGCAAAUGGCAACACUUCUUAUUCAGUCUGUGAAUUUAGCAGAAAUUUUAAUCCUAUUGUUCAUGACUGUACCCUUCCUUUAGCUCCCCCAAUAUUAUCAUUUUGUAUUUUGAAACCUGAUGGUAUUUACAGGGAUCCAGAAAGUGACAGCUGCUUUUAUCAGUGUGACAGCUGGAUACCAAACUAUCAGAGAUGCGGUUUCCAAAAAAUAUUUAACAACACUAGCUUAACUUGUGACAUAAUGCGUUCUGUACAGUCCACUGCAUCAUUUUCUGAAAAUAAUGGAUAG